AUGGGAUUGGGUGUUUAUAGUGCUUCUGUUGCUGCUUGUGCUGGUUUAGUACUACUGCUUCUGUUGAGUGGUUUUCAGUUGGGUUUGUCACAAAGUGAAGCAUAUGCAAGGAGUUAUAUUAGCUGGGAUGAUUUGAAGGUUGAUGAGCAGAUGGUUAUCGGUUUGAACUCUAGAAAUGAACAGAAAAACGAGACGUCCGUCAUUGUUGUGGACAAGAAUGGAGGGGGAAAUUCUAUGACAGUUCAAGGAGCAGUUGACAUGGUUCCAGAUCACAACAAACAAAGAUACAAGAUAUACAUUCUUCCAGGAAUAUAUAGAGAGAAGGUGCGCAUACCAAUUACCAAACCAUACAUAUCAUUUAUAGGCAACCAGAAUCAAACUUCCGAGACUGUAAUUACAUGGAACGACAAGGCAUCUGAUAAGGACAGCAAUGGCUUUGAACUAGGAACGUACAGAACAGCAACUGUAGCCAUAGAGGCUGAUUACUUUUGUGCAACAGGGAUCACUUUCGAGAACAGUGUGGCUGCAGUGCCUGGAGGAUAUGGAAUGCAAGGAGUAGCUCUUCGAGUUGCUGGUGAUAAGGCCAUGUUCUAUAAAGUAAGGGUCUUGGGAGCACAAGACACACUAUUGGAUGAGAAUGGAUCACACUACUACUACCAAUCCCACAUCCAAGGAAGUGUGGACUUCAUAUUUGGCAAAUCAAGGUCACUCUACCAGGACUGUGUUAUCCAAUCAACAGCUAAGACCUAUGGAGCCAUUGCAGCUCAUCAUAGAGACUCAGCAAAUGAAGAUACAGGGUUCUCUUUCGUGAACUGCACAAUCAUCGGAACUGGAUAUAUCUACUUGGGAAGAGCUUGGGGAGCUUAUUCAAGAGUAAUAUAUUCCUACUGUGGUAUCGACAAUAUAAUAACUCCUCCGGGAUGGAGUGAUUGGAACAUCCCACCAAGACAGAGGACUGUGGAAUUCGGAGAAUACGAAUGCAGAGGCAAAGGAGCAGAUAAAAGAGGCAGGGUACCAUGGUUGAAGUCUUUCAGUCCUGCGGAGAUAGUCCCUUUUCUGGAUACCAAGUUCAUUUAUGGAGAGCAAUGGCUUAGACUAUAG